AUGGAAGGGGAGAAAAUGGUGUGGGGGGGUUUUGGCUCAGGGAGGCUUUGCCAAGCUCGGUCAGACCCCAGUCUGCUGCAAGGGCGUGUGCUAGUCACGUUACUGGAGAUGGAGAUGAGGUACUUGCCUUGCUGGAGAACCAUGGCAAAGGUGCAGAAGGAGAUCCAACCUCACAUGCGGAGCAGGCUGGCUGGGUGGAUGCUGGAGGUUUGUGAGCAGGAGACGUGCGAGAAGGAGGUGUUCCCUCUCUCCAUGAAUUACUUGGACCGCUUCCUGUCCUUGAUGCCGCUGGAAAAAUCCAGAUUUCAGUUGCUGGGAGCCACUUGCUUGUUCCUGGCCUCGAAACUGCGACAGACCAUCCCGCUGUCCGUGGAAACCUUGUGCGCCUACACAGCCUACUCGUCCCGGCCGGAGGAGCUGAGGACGCUGGAGCUGCUGCUUCUCGAGAAGCUGCGGUGGGACAUCGCAGCGCCUACGCCGCAGGACUUCGUGGAGCAGUUACUGGGGGCGCUCGGACCGCCGGCGGCGAGGGAGCGGCUGAUCCAAAAACACACCGACACCUUCAUCGCGCUCUGCACCACAGACGGCGAGUUCGUGUCGUUCCCGCCGUCGGUGAUCGGUGCCGCCAGUCUCGCCGCCGCCGUCUGCGGUCUCCGCCUCCGUCUGCCGGGGAUUCCCCCGGAGACCCGGUUGUUCACUGACCUCCUCGCCCGCUUCAUCCGCUGCGAUCCGGAGUGUGUGAGGACGUGUCAGGACCAGCUGGAGGUCUCCCUACACACCCGCCUGCGGCAAGCGCCCGCCCAAACUCUACCCCCGCACAAGUCGCAAGAACCGGAACGUUCUCCAACACCCACAGACAUCCAGGAAGUUAACUUGUGAUGACGGUCGGGAGCGAUGGAACAGGGAGAGGAGAUUAUCCAGCGUCCCGUCUCCUGCACGGCUCGCCCACGCCCGGUGCUGGAACCGCCACCAGGCACCGCCCCGUAGCCCCGCCGCCCCACUUCCCACCUCCACAGCUGCCCCAGAGUCCCCACCAAUUCAGAACAUCUCAUCUUGUCCGGGGAUCUGGGAACGGGACGGGAAAAUGGCCCUGAACCAUUGGAUAGGGCAGAGUAGCCCCCUCCUGCUGCUAUCUCCGUGUUUAAUUCUCGGUCCAGUGAACAUGGGUCACGUUUGUCCAGUGGCCGCGUUACCCCUCUGACCCUUGAACUGGCUGAAGUAGGCGGGCCUUGGAUCAGGAAACCAGGGUAAUGAUUUGUGCCUUGUCAAUCAAUCAUCCCUUGUGCUCACCAUUCAUUGGCUCUCUCAACUGCAUUAUUAUUUAACUAUUUAUUUUAAUUGUUUUAAUUUAAGUCUGUAUUUAAGUUAAUGUUUAAAUUAAUGUUAAUUAUUUUCAACGUUGAAAUAAAGUUCACACUGAC